AAAGAAAGAAAAAUAGAAUUAUGAAAGUCAGGUAAGAAAGGAAAGGAGCGCAGAGCGGGAGAAGCAUUUCAAAAUCAAAAUGAAACUAUUCCAUUUUCUGGAGGCGACUCCCUCUCUCCAUUCUGUUUCCCCAUAUAGCCAUUCAAUUUCCACUUAUCUUAACUGAUUUACAAACUACUUCUUGCAUUCAGUAUAAUUUAUUAGCAAUAACAAGAACAAAAGUUAGAGCUAAAAAAACCUACGAAACUAUGAAAAAGAAGAUUAAACUCUUUUCAACCAGAAGAAGUUGGAGCAUGGAGAGGGCAAUUUGAUGUAUUAAUUUAAGCCUUUUCUUUUCUUUUUCUAAAAAUUCUUAUUAAAAGAAAAAAGCAAAGAAGCGUUUCUCAAUGGAAAGCCCAAAAAUUGACUUUGUUUAAACUAGUGGGCCUGGAUACUUCCAGAUCAAGAAUAUCGGAACCCCCAAGUAAUUACGGACAGCCAGCCAGACGUCGGGGGGAAAACAGAGACUGGAAUUGGCUGUUAAGUUACAAUUUUUACAGAAUUACAAACUUGAAGGAGAAGAUGGAAGUUGAUGAUUUGGAUUCUCUGUUUGAGGGAAUGGUGUUGUUUACGCCUUCUCAAUUGGAUGAUGAUGAACUACAGAAACAGCAGCAGCAGCAAGAUGAUGUUCGUGCUUCAGCAGCAUCAACAAGUGAUUCUUUUAAUGAAUCUGAAGCUGAAACGCCUCCUGCGUGCAUAAAUGAGAAUACUCUUAUAACAUCUGAAAACAAACCGCAGCAGGAGCCUCUUGACGAGAACCUUUUCUCCGAUCUCACCCUCCAAACCCUAUCUUCUCAAUCCCAUCCAAUUCCCGAUACUACUAGCCCAACCACCUCCCGCCACGUCACCAGAAAGAAGAAGAGAGCUGCUAGCCUCAGGAUCGGCUAUGCUCGAGAUUCUUCUUCUCUUGACGAUCCUCCUUACUAUCCCUCCCCUGCAAAUGAUGAUCAUGAUCAUGAUCACCCAUCUAAUCUCAAUCACUCCCCAGCCCCCAUUCCCACUCCUACUUCCUUAGCCGAUGCCCAAUCGGAAUCGGAAUUGGAAUUGGAUAUCAGCACCAGCACCCCUUCCGUUUCUGUCUCCGAUUCACAAUUUGACGCUCAAUUUGACCGCAUUCAGUCUCAGAUUUCCAUUAAGCUCCAGCACUCUCGCCAGUCAGCUGCCUCUGUCUCCGCUGCUAGGAAGGAUGCCAUCACUAGGAGAAGGAAAGCUGCUCAAGAUCUCAAUUCUGCUUCUGCCAACCAUAGAGACCUCGAAUUACAGUUGGAAGCGGCCUGUGAAUCCGAAGAUUUCGAUGCUGCCCAAAGGAUUAGCGAUUGCCUUGCUGGCUCUGAUAAGGAGAGGCUACUUCUUCUCACUGCUCUUAAACACGCCGAAGCCUACUGUGAUACCCUCGAUUCUAAGAUGCACGAUGUUCUCAACUCUCAGAUUGUUGCUGAGCAGGAAUGCGCUGCUCUUCUCUCUAAGUUUGCCAAGGAUGCAGAAUUUCAUGCAAAUUUAGUCUGGGAGAAAGCACGCUCGCUUUCUUCUAAAGAAAUGGAUCAAUGGUUCUCCUUAACUGAGGCCUUGGAGGCCAAGAAGAUAGAGUUGGAUAUUGAAUCACACUUCAUAAAUGAUGCUCGCCUUGCUGUCAGUUAUUCUAUCGAGCAUUCUGUUGAGGACUAUAGGAAAGAACAAGAAAUACUUUAUAAGAAAAAGGAUCUUCUCACCAAAGAACUCCAAAAACUACUCGCCUUAGUCAAACUCAAGGAAAUGGAGAUAGCGGAAAAUGAUACCAAUAUCAAAGCAGUUGAGGAAAAGAUUUCUGAUGUGAUCUCUGGUUUCCACGAGAGUCAAUCAAGCAUUGAUUCCAAGUACGAUCGCUUGCAAUCGGAACUAUCUCAGAUGCAUUUGCAGACUGAAGCUUUAUCAACAAAAAGGAAGGAAAUUGAUAAGUUCCUUGCUCAAGAAGAAGGCCAUGAGGCCAAGCUAAGGGAACUUGCCACGCUAUCUGAAUAUGAAGCCAAGUCAUACCAGGAAGUUGUUGAGUUGAGGAAAAGCUUAAUGUUAUCCAUUUUGAAGUCCACGGAAGACAAAGUGAGGCUGGCUAAGACUGAAGAGAAACUUAUUGAGGAUGUUCAAAUGCUCCAGCACCAAGUUUCCUCUGCAAGAGCUUCCCUACAGGAGCUAUCCUCAACAAAGUCGAACAUCCAGCAAACUAUAUCAUCCUUCAAGCAGAGGAUUUUUUUCAUUGAUAAAAGAGUCCCAGAGCUAGAAGCAGAAAAGAAAGUUGCUGCUGCGGCAAGAAAUUUCAAGGAAGCUGCAAGGAUAGCUGCUGAGGCAAAGUCAUUGAGUGUUGAGAAGGAUGGUGUGCAGAUUGACUUGGAAAAAGCGACUUUGGAGCUGGAGAAGUUAGAGAAAGAUAUCAAAAGCACUGUUAGCAGAUUGCAGGAUACUGAACAACUGAUUUCAUCCAAGGAAAAGGAGGUUGCAAUGGCUAGAUUCCAGAGCUUACUCUUGAUUGCUGGUGCUGCUACAGCUGAAAGAUUUGCUGCUUUGGAGCUGGGUGACACAGAAGAAGCCAACCUUUUACUUGCAGAAGCUGAAGCUGCAAAUGCCGAAGCAAAAAAACUUCAACCAAUAUACAAUUUCAAUGAGGAAGAGUUCUCAAAUUUACCAAAACAUUUCAUCUCUAUGGAACUUGUAUCUAAGCUUGGACGGAAGCAGUUAAUAGAACUGGCGGCAUCUGUGGAUGUUUCUGCAAAGCAAUGAAUUAGAACAAGAUUGGAAUGUACUUGGAGAUGAUCAAUGCAGAAAUAUUCCAGAUCCAGUGAGCAUGCUAAUUUUAGCAAUUAUGAAAAGCUACAAAGGGUGACUACUGAAUAGGAUCAUCAAACAAAGCCACGGAUGCCUGAUAUUUGAUGCCUACAGUUUUGCUGAUUCCAGGUUCGGCUACAAGUUUUUUCUCGUGGUUCAUAUGCCUAUUAUGUGAUCUCAAUUUAUCCAGACAACUGCGGCAUAGGGAAUGAAGUGGGUAGACGGACAUUCUCUUUUUUUUUUUUUUUUCCUUGCAAUACCAAAAUUGCAGCGGAUUAAAAACUUGCACAUUUCUUUGGUUAAUUGUGUUGGGAGAAAUGAAACUUAGAUUUGUUGUAAAAUGAUAAUAGAUCUUGUGCAUCAGUUCUGCCACUUUUUGUAAUUGCAAGUGCCCUACUCUGUCACUCUUAUUUGGUUAA